GUUGCUUCUUACACAGUCGACAACGAAGACAUUCCUUACAUCGAGGACGAUACUGUGAAGCAAGCUCCUGCGGUACCACCGAGACGUACAAGGAACUACUCGACAGGCAGCGAAUCUUCGAUAGCCUCCAUCCAGCCUAUCACAGGCUCUAUCUCUUUGAUCCACGGGUACGACUCGGCCAUUGGCUCGUCUACAGCGUGUUCGAGUUCAAUCCAGAACACUCCUUCGUCGAUAUCAAGCGUCGUGGAUACCGGAGGCAUACAUAGCCCACAUCGUGGGCUUGUAGUCCACCUACAUCUCCUGACAGUACUACCACUACCGCAAACUAUAUUCCUGAUGAGUCACAUGCUCAAAGAGGGAUAUCCAAGGCGCCAAGAGAUAGCACCUCCACCAGUGCAGGUUACGUAACCGAUGAGUCGCACGCCCAAAGAGGUCUAAGCAAGACCACCACUUCUGAUGAAGCACAUGUACAAAGAGGUAUGUCUAGGGCUUCAAGGGAUGGUACCACUAAGUCUGAUGAAGCGCACGUCCAAAAAGGUGUAUCCAGGGCUCCCAGAGUGAGCAAUAUCGCGAGCGAAGCAUCUUCAGUGCUUCAGAGGAUCCAGACGAGCUCGAGCGAUUCUGGAUACAAGAAGACCCACAUGGGUUUCCCGAUGCCGGAAAGGGAGCCCAGAAUCAACACUAGCAUAAGCAGUAUUGGAAGUGCUGUGAUGAAAUCCAGGACGGCAGAUUUCGAGAAGAUCUCCAAGACGGAUCCUGGGAAACCGAAGGCUGCGCCUGCUGGUACCUCGUCCACGAGUACUUCGAGUGAUAGGGACAAGAAGAAGUACGUGAAGCGACGGUACACGGAUUCCAGGCAUCAGACGACCCAUAUUCCAGAUUCGGAAUAUCUUGAAUCGACGACUGCUCAGUGCAAAGGCCCGGAAAAAGUUGGUAACGCACAAGCUGGUCCAGUAUACAAGCGAAGAGAACUGAUUUCAAGUGUGCCGACCAAAUGAGCGGACCUGGUUAUAGUACAGUGAAAUUGGAUAAAUUACGGUGUGUCAAUAUAACUUCGUUGAAGUUUUGUUUCUAGUCUUACUGGACUAUGAUGUAGUAUCAUGCGCGAAAAAUGUAUAUACACAUAUCGAUCUUAUAUUUU